AUGCGAAGAACCGGGGCGGAGUACUGGGUGGCGAGCUUUAUCGUUUGCAUCACGGGGUCCGCGUUGCUUCUGGCCUUCUCGAUGACGGCGUGCAGCGACCCGGGCAUCGUCUACCGUCCCGCGGAGAGGAGAAUACCCCCGCCGGCGGCGGUGGGCGGCGAGAGUGGGGGGGGCGGCGGGGAAGCGGCCGUGGAGGACGCUGCCCUGCCGCCUAUGGCCAUGGAGGAGGGCGGCGUCCUUUGCGGUCGGUGCGACGUCAAGCGGCCGGCGGGGGCAAUCCAUUGCAACGAGUGCAACGUCUGCGUCACCAAGUUCGACCACCACUGCCCAUGGACAGGAAAGUGCAUCGGAGAGAAGAACAUUAGAUUUUUCUAUCUCUUCCUUGGGUGCCUCUCUUUGCACGUGUUUGUGGUUGGCGCGCUCGCCCUGAUGCCAUCGGUCAAGCAGGCGCUGUGAGGAAUUGACGGGGGUGCGUGUUUGGGAGAGGGAGCGUUCGUUUUUUCUUCUUUUCUUUUUUUUCCGGGCGUGUGU